AUGUUGUCUCCAUUAAAAAACUUAUUUUAUUAUGACAAGGAACCAGGAGACCUAAUUGAGAUCUUCAGAAUAGCAUACCAGCACUGGGCUGUGUAUGUCGGAGAUGGUUAUGUCAUUCACCUCGCUCCAACAACUGAACAGGCAGGUGGUGGACCUGCCAUGUUGAUGUCUGUGGCGUAUAACACAGCUCUCGUGAGGAAGGAGAAACUGCAGGAUGUGGUGGGAACAGACAAGUGGAACGUCAACAACAUCCUAGACGAACGAUAUGAGCCUUUUUCUCCAGAAGAGAUUGUAGAGAGAGCUGAGAGCAUGCUGGACCAAGAACUGCCUUACAGAGUCGCUCAGAAGAACUGUGAACACUUUGCUACAAACAUGCGAUAUGGCAUGCCAGAGUCACGCCAGGUGCAACGAGCCGUGGACGCCGUACUGGGUAACAUGAUGAUGCCAAGACGUAAUCCUGUGGCGGAUCUCUUUGUAGAUAUGCUACAAAUUGCACGGGGGAAUAAGCGCUAA